CCAAACCGAGGUUGUCAUGUGACUUGUACGUCCUUUCCGUUUGCCGCCAUUUGUACAGAAAAGAAUAAUAAAUCGUUAUGGAAUAACAUUUAUAAUCUAAUAUUUUUUUUAUCAUAACCGUAUAUUUUGGAAGGAUGUCUUCUUCAAGAAGAAGAAAACCACUGGUAACAAGAAAAGUGUUAUCAGACGAGGAAGAUGAUAUUAACAGUACAAAUGACGAGGACAGUCGUAUGACCAAUGGUGGAGACAGUCAAAAUAAAGACGAGGACAUUCCAGAGGACCUUCCGGAAGGUACAGUUGUAGUAGAACCAGAACCAGUUGAAGAGAGUGCCUUUAAAGGUCCAGAAUUCCCAUCAAGCAAGAAAAAAGUCUUAGAGGCUACUGGAUAUUUAGCUACAGUUAAUUGUUCUGCUUGUGGAGAUCAGAUCAACACGAGUAAAAAAGGAGAUGCAAGACGUCAUCCAGAACUCAGUGUGCUUAUCUGUAAAAGAUGUUACAAGUUCCAUACAAGUGGUGUAAUAAAACAAGAUGAAGACGGACUUGAUGAAUAUUGUCGCUGGUGUAGUGAAGGUGGCAAUUUGUUUGGCUGUGAUUAUUGUCAUAAUGCAUUCUGUCAAGCUUGUAUCAAACGAAAUCUUGGACGUGCUGAAUUUUCAAAAGUCAAGGAGGCUGAUAAGUUCAAGUGUUAUGUGUGUGAUCCUGCUCCACUGGCUGCAAUGGUAGAACAAUGUAAUUCUGUGCUGGAUAUGAUCAGCAAAGAAUAUGAAAAGCUCAACGAAUCGUUAAAGAAGAAAAAAGAUGCUGAGAAACAAAAAUCAACGAGUAAAUCAGACAGUAAAGAUAAAACAAAAGAAGAGGAUAAAAGUAAGACUACAACAAAUAAAUCACUGGUAAUCAAAUUACCAGGUAUGGGACCAAAAACAUCAACUCCAAAGUCUACUUCAGUAGCAGGCAUGGUUAAAAUUCCAUCCACCAAUUCUCUAUCAGCACCAGGUAUGAUUAAAUACCCGGCUAUCAAUAUAAAUGCUUCAAAUACUAACUUUGUAAGGCAGGCGACUUAUCCAAAACAGAGCCUGACACCAAUGUACAAUAACACAUCUAAACAAAACAUCAUUUUUGUAGAGCCUACCAAGGGUUCUGCUAAACAGCUGGUAUAUGUCCAGCCUAAACCUCACAAUGUACCCAUGAUGAGUUCUGUACCUCCCAGUCAGCAGGCUAGAAAUCCAUUGAACUGGACCAAUGUAACGGCUAAAAAUGUUCCAUUUAUCACUGACCAGCUGAUGCAGUCAACUAAUGAAUUACUCAGCUUGUUAAAAUCUGUCAGAAUGAACGUACAGGGUAAUAGCAGUUCUUUAUCUAAUAUUGCCUUUGAGGGAAGAAUGACUGCUCUCAAUUGUAUGAAAAGUGGAGUAGAUUUAUUUCUUGGACAGUUAUCAAGUAUUGUUGGAACUGACAUUGUACAGGCCAAUGCGUCUAAAAUGCUUGCCCCUACAGUCCCUUCUCAGCCAUCACAAUCUACUGGAGUUAAAUUAACUGGAGGUAACAGCUCAUUAAUGAGUACAUCAGAAAAAGAUUUGAUUGUGUUAGAUUCAGACGACAGCAGAAUGGAAGUGGAGGACGUAACCGAUAGUGACAAGGGCAAUAACUCUGAAAAAGAUACAGCAAGUUGUGAUAUAAUCAGUAUUGAAAGUAAAGAUAUUAAUAAACUUGUUAAAGAAGACAAAUCAAAUGAUAAAGACAAAAAAGAGGAAGAUUCUUUAGUAAAAGAAGACAAAAUAAGUGAGAAGGACAAGAAUGAGAGAAAAAAGGACUCUUUGGUAAAUGGAGAUAAGAACGUUGAAAUAUCAGAAGACAAAACCUCUGAAGAAGCAAAAGAUUCAGAGGACACUAAAAAAUCUAAAUCAGACGAGUCCAAGUCUGAUGUUUCGAAAAAAUCUAAAUCAGACGAGUCCAAGUCUGAUGUCUCGAAAAAAUCUAAAUCAGACGAGUCCAAGUCUGAUGUUUCGAAAAAAUCUAAAUCAGACGAGUCCAAGUCUGAAGCCUCGAAAAAAUCUAAAUCAGACGAGUCCAAGUCUGAUGUCUCAAAGAAACCUGAAAAGAAAAAUGAUAAAGAAUCUGACUAUGAGUCGUCAACAGAAGCGGAAAAUGAUGCAGCACAUCUAGAAUUACUGCAGGAAUUACAAGAACUUUCAGGCACUGUAGAGGAGAAAAAGGACGAAAAGGAGGAGGAAAAGUCGAAGGAUAAGAAAGAGGGCAAGCAAAAAAAUGAAAAGGAAGAUGAAAAAUCAAAGGACAAGAAAGAAGGCAAGCAGAAAAAGGAAGAUGAAAAAUCAAAAGAGAAAAAAGAGGGCAAGCAAAAAAAGGAAGAUAAAAAAGAAGGAAAGCAAAAUAAGGAAGAUGAUAAAUCAAAAGACAAAAAAGAGGGCAAGCAGAAAAAGGAAGAUGAAAAAUCAAGGGCAAGAAAAGAUAGCUCUGAGAAGAAUGAAAAAAAGAAAGAUGAUAAUGAAAGUAGUGAUGAUUCCUCCAGCAGUGGAAGUGAAAGUGAUGAUGAAAAUUCUGAUAACUCGAAAGAUUCAGAUUUUAAUGUUAAAUCAGAAAAAAGAACAAGAAGAUCUGAUAUGAAAGCGUCAGAGAAAAAGAAAUUCCAGGAUCUUAGAAAUAAAAGAAAGGAAAAAGAAAGAUCUGCUAAGAAAAAAGCAAAAGAAGAGAAAAGGAGAAAGAGGUCUGAUGAAUCUGACUUUGAUGAUGAACUUGAAGAUGAAAUUGACAAGUUGGAAAAAGAUCCUGUGAUAAAGAAAGGAAAAGGGAAAAAAGAAAAUGAGGAAGAGGACAAAGGAAAGUCAAAAAAGGAGAAAAAGACAGAAAAAAAGAAAGAUGAAAAAUCUACAAAAGAGAAGAAGAAAGGCACAGAUUUAGAUGAUCUGAGUUCAACAGAGGAAGACAAUGUGGAGGAAGAUGAUGAUGAAGAGGACAAGGAAAAUGAAGAGGUCCCUAUGGAUGCAGAUGAUGAUGAUGCAACAGAAGAUCUCAGUGCAGCAGAAAAUGAAGAUGUAGUGGACGACAGCAGUGACUCAGAAAUAGUUUUGUCACCAAGGAAACAGAAAAAAGGUGAUAAAAAGAAAGGAAAGACAGAAUCAGGCAGUAACACAGAGGAAGAAGAAGUAAUUUCAUCAAAGAAAAAGAGAUUGAGAAGUAGUCUUUUGGAUGCUAAAUUAUCUGACAGCGAAUCAGAUUUUCAACCUGUCAAAAAACGAAAGAAGAGGAAGGCAAGUUCUUCAGAGGACAAAUCGGAUAACAGUUCUGAUUCUGAUAAUGAAUUUAUUGCUCUGGGCAAAAAGGGAAAAGGGAAAAACAAGAAAAAUCAGAAAAAGAAAGAUGGUACAGGAAAGAAAAGAAAACGGAUAAAGAAAGUCGAUUCCUCUGAAGAAGGAGGGGAUGACUCUGCCAAUGAAACAGACGCUGAUAGUGAUGAAUUAGAAGAGAUGAAAAAUAAGAAAAAAAGAAAAAGGAAGAAGAAAGGAGAGGAAGAUUCUGAAGAAGACCAAGAUGAAGACGAUGACGGAUCACCAAGUAAAGCGAAGAGGAAGGACAUCAGGAAGUUAAUAACUAACAAAAAACUCAAAGAUACGACUAAGGCUGCUUCUAGGGCUGAGGAGGAUAGGAGGGAGAGGAUCAGAGAAAAACAGAAAAAGUAUAACAACGUAAUACAGGAAGUGGAUGAGUCUUCACCAACCAAAUGUCCAAUCACAAAACAACUGAUUCUAGAGAGAGAGGACAAAACAAAUGAUCCUAUACUAGAAGUUGACCAGGACCUUGUGUGUAAACUGAAACCACAUCAGGUGGAAGCUGUUGAGUUUUUAUGGAACUGUACUGUAGAAAGUUUAAAGAUGCUUAAAGAAGACAAGACUGAAGGGGCUGGCUGUAUACUGGCUCAUUGUAUGGGGCUGGGUAAAACUCUAUCUGUGAUAGCAUUCCUACAUACCAUGAUGGGUAAUUAUGAGACAACAGAAUUCAGUACAGCCCUCAUUGUCUGUCCAUUGAAUACUGUGUUAAACUGGCAAAGUGAGGUGAAAAUGUGGCUGGAAAAAAAUGAAGUUCAACUGGAGGUUUAUGAACUUGCCAGUGUUAAGGUAAAUGAGAGCCGUGCUAGAAUGUUGGAGGACUGGCAUGAAGAUGGUGGAAUCAUGAUCAUUGGCUACGAAAUGUUCCGUAACUUGUCACAAGGAAGUAACUGUAAAAACAAAAGAAUAAAGGCAUCCUUUAAAAAGUGUCUGAUGGAUCCAGGUCCAGAUUUUGUUGUAUGUGAUGAAGGACAUAUCCUAAAGAAUGAUGCAUCAGCUCUGUCUAAAGCUAUGAUGCAGAUAAAAACCAGGAGAAGAAUCGUACUGACUGGUACUCCACUCCAAAAUAAUCUGGUGGAAUACCAUUGUAUGGUAAACUUUGUCAAACCUAACUUAUUGGGAACGAGGAAAGAGUUUCUGAAUCGUUUCGUUAAUCCUAUCACUAACGGCCAGUGUACAGAUUCUAGUUCACAUGAUGUUAGACUCAUGAAGAGAAGAGCUCAUAUUCUUCAUGAAAAAUUAGCUGGAUGUGUACAGAGGAAAGAUUACUCUGCAUUAACAAAAUACUUGCCACCGAAACAAGAGUAUGUGAUAGCUGUGAGAUUAGCUAACGUUCAGUGUGAUCUGUACAGUAAAUAUCUAGAAAUAGGUGGUUACUCUGGACCUGGUGACAUGGGCAAAUCUAAAGGAGCCAAACUAUUCUCUGAUUACCAGGCUCUGAUGAGAAUAUGGACACAUCCGUGGGUUCUUAAGAUGGCUGAAGUUAGACAAGAAAUGAAGAACAUGUUUGAUGAUGAAUCUUCUUUCAUUGAUGACACAGACACAUCUCAGUCUGAGUCUGAGGCCAAGUCCACGUCAGCUGCAGGGUCAGCAUCAGAUAACUCAUUUAAUAGUGGCAGUGAGGAGGAGAGUAAGAAAAAGAAAAAAGGAAAGAAGGAGAGUGAAGAAGAACCUGCUAAAGAAUCAUUUGCUGGGGAAAUUGUGAAGAAGUGGAAAACAAGAUCCAGAGGAGAAUACAAUGAUGAAGAUUUUGAGAGAAUGGACAAAAUAGAGACUCCAUUUUCUACUGGGUGGUGGGCUGACUACGUUAAGGAGGAGGACCAGUUUAAAAUGGAGCUGGGAGGCAAACUUAUGUUGUUAUUUGAAAUCCUGAGAAUGUGUGAAGAGAUUGGUGAUAAAGUGUUGAUAUUUAGCCAGAGUCUGCUAUCCUUAGACCUUAUAGAGGCCUAUUUAGAUCAUGUAGACUCACAGUAUGAUGAACUACUCAAUAAUAAAGAUAAAGAUAAAAAAGACGAUGAUAAAGAUAAGGAAGACAAGAAAGAAGAAAAGGAUAAACCUGAAACUGCCAAUACCGAUGAGAUGUUUGGGAAGACCUGGCUGAAAGGUCAGGAUUAUCUGAGGAUGGAUGGGUCAACAUCAGCUCCACUGAGGGCUGAUAUGGCAAAAAACUUUAAUAAUCCAGAUAAUUAUAGGUUAAGACUGUUUUUGAUAUCUACAAAAGCUGGAGGACUUGGUAUUAAUCUUGUAGCUGCCAAUCGUGUUAUUAUUUUCGAUGCAUCUUGGAAUCCAUCACAUGAUGUCCAGUCUAUAUUUAGAGUUUACCGAUUUGGUCAGACCAAACCAGUCUAUGUUUAUAGAUUCCUUGCACAGGGUACAAUGGAGGAAAAGAUCUAUGAAAGACAAGUAACAAAGCAGUCAUUAGCCCAGCGUGUGAUAGACGAACAUCAGAUAGAUAGACACUUUGAUUCUAAUGAUCUGAGAGAGUUAUACAUCUUCAAACCAGAUAGGCUAGAUGAUCCUAACCGUACAGAAAGACCAACACCUGCACUGCCAAAGGACACAUUAUUGGCCGAAUUAUUGACCAAUAAGAAAGAUUGGAUAGUAGGUUAUCAUGAGCAUGAUUCCUUGCUGGAGAACAAGAUUGAUCAGGAAUUAUCAGAGGAGGAAAGGAAAGCUGCCUGGGAGGAGUUUGAGAAUGAAAAGAAAGGUCUUAUCAACACAGUACAACAGAGAGUCAUGGGAAUGCCUAAUCCAAACUUUGGGUAUCAAUUUGGUGCUGCUGGUAUGCCUGGUAUGGGAGGAAUGUCUCCUCAGCUAAACCAAGAAAACCUACUGAGAAUUGUCCAGGAAAUGAAGUCUAAGUUCCCCCACCUACCCCAGGAACAGUUGACAAUGCAGGUCCAGAAUGUGAUAAGGAACAUGAUCUCACGACAAAUACAACAACAACAAUGGGAACAGCGUAGACAGUUAGAGCAUAGAGAACUUCAGCAACAACAACAGUUACAACAGCUACAGAAUCGUAUCAUGAUGCAGCAGAACCAAUUGAGAAUGCAACAACAAGCGCCAGGACGUGGCAUGAACAUGCCACUCAGUGGCAUCCAGCCACCGACAUCAUCAUCAGCCUCGUCAUCACAAUCAUUGUUAGCAAGCACAUUAAUGAAUGGGAAACCACAAAAUCAACCAAGUACUUCUAAGAAGAAGAGUUGAUGAUGGUGAACCAUAGAUCUCGGGACUAUAAUUGCUGUAAACUGACAUUGGACAGUAGAUGGUGUGAUUGUUGAGUACUGUGAUGAAACAUGUCCAACAAGCUACUAGAUUGUACUUGUAUAUAAGUCUCAGUGUACAAAUUUUUAGAUUGCAAACGAGAAUUAUCGUAACGUUGGUUUUAACCAUUGUUUAUUAUCAUCAUGAAUGUUAUCAAGACCAACUAACAUUAUGCUUCGGUCAAAUCUCAGUUGUUUUGUGAUCAACAGGUGUUAUUGUAUUGUUUGUGCUUUUAAUAUGCUUAUUAAUGUUCAACAUAAAAGGAGGAUGAACUUCAUUGAUAUUGUACAGUUCUACUUCACAAAUAAUACCAGAAUGUCCAUAUCUGUAUUUAGAGUUAAAGCGGUUUUAAAUUAUGAGGUUCUGGAUUUAUCAAUGCCAUUUUUAUAAAGUAGCAGAUAUUCUUCCCAACAAUGUUUUCAGUUGUUAAUUUGAAACAAACAUACAACUUAUUAAAGAUGAAAUCAAAUAUUUGUCUUUCAGUACAUGUUAAAUGAAUUAAUCUGUUAAUCUGAAUGUAAAUAAUUGGUGAAAUUUGCAGCUUACAUAUGUUCAUGUUUUCUGUGUUAAUGAUCAAAUGUAAACAUACUCACUGUAAAUUCUUAAGAUUCUUUCUGGCAAAACAAAAAAGUUCUGAAUUCUAAAAAAAAAUUGAUCUGGCAUUGCCGUAAACAUUUGUUAGUUUUGAAGACGAUUGUUAAUUUUAGGUCAAAUGUUUGUGUAUAGGAAGGGUUUUAUUGGCCAUGUUUUGGGUUUGUAUUUGUUGGGGUUAGGUGUUGCAGAUAGGCAGAUUUGUUGUGUAUAAAAUGCAGAAACGAGACUUUUAAUUUAUACAAAAGUAACAAGAUGUGGUAUGAUUUCCAAUGAGACAUCUAUCCACCAGACUCCAAACAAUCUGGUAACCUCUUUAUACCCCCUCUGACAGUUGGGAGGGUCAUAGGGAGGGAGACUGAUGACAAACAAUCUAUUAAUUAUAUUAUUCCUAUGAUUAUCUAAAUAAACAAAUGUUUUUACACUUCGUCAUGGUGAUAAAUUUUUAGUUAGAUUGUAUUUAAUUUUUAUUUUUAUGUCUUUUUAUUACCAUUGUAAAGCUUGAUGCUUUAUAUAAAGUGUGGUGCUUCAUAAUGUACAUAGUAUUUAAUUAUUGUAAAGUUAUAGUAAACUGGUACCUUGUCCCAUUGUAUACCAGUAUAAUAUCAAAUUAUCAACAUCUCAAAACACUAUGGGAACUCUUUUGUUUUAAGUGAGUCAAUUUAAAGGACCGAUAUCAUUUUCAAAACCUUGGUUCUUUCUAAUGUAACCAUGGUUACAGAAUCAAUCAGUUGUCAUAUUUCGUGCAGCAGAGUUGCCAAGGCUUCAAUGUCUGUCUGUCAUGUCUUUUGUUUUUCUUUUCAAUUCUUUGUUAUCAUUCUUGUAUAAUGCACUUUAAAAUUUAAAAUUUGGAUAUAAAAAUUACAAAACUUGAUGGUAAAUUUUAGAAAUUGUUAUCUUUCAUAUUGAAAUUGAAUCUGUUGAUAUAUUUACAAAUUGAGUACAUUUUAAUAAAAGAUAAAUAAAUAUUGUUUAUAACAAACCAAAUAAUGAUGACCUUGAAAAUGUUGGUGUUUCACUGCUGCCAAGGUUAUAAAAUAACUUAAUUAUUGAAACAAUUUGAAACAAAUAAGAUCAUGAAUAUAUUUGGACAGAUAUUUCUUUGGUUAUGUUAACAUUACAUUACUUAACCUUUGAUUUAGUGCUAAAACAUAGACAACUUUGUUUUGUAGAUCAUUUAGUGCAUUUCCUUUUUUACUUUUGAGAAAUAAACCUGAUUUACUUGAGAGAUGUUUCUUGUAAUGAUUGGGUGACUUGGUUAUUUUCUGUUUUCUGUAGUCUUUACUCAUUGUGUUAAUAAAAUGGAAUAUUUAAUUAUCUCGUCAUUAAAACAGAAGUAUCCAUCA